AUGUCGUCAGACCAGAGCAAUGGGCAAACAACAACAGGAAGCAUUGCUUUAGACCACGAUGAGAACCCUUUGAACUUCUCUCCCGCACGCAGAUGGACCUGCACCAUCAUUGUGGUAUUCAUGACUGCCACCAUUGCCUUUUGUUCAUCUAUCUAUACAGCCGCCAUCCCAGCCAUAUCUCAGGACUUGAACUGCUCUAACAUUGUCGCAACCCUGGGUGUCACCACAUUCCUGCUUGGCUUCGGCACAGGUCCCCUUAUCUUUGCACCGAUGUCGGAAACUUACGGUCGGAACCCCGUGUAUCGAAGCACAUUAUUACUCUUUGUGUUGUUCAAUAUUGGCUGUGCCCUGUCUCCCAACGUCGCCGCCCUCCUAGUCUUUCGCCUCUUGAGUGGCUUCUUCGGUUCACCUACUGUAACCAACUCGGGUGGCUCUUUGACUGACUUGUGGCCGCCAAGUCAUCGGUCUGUUCCUCUCGCCUUGUUUACUGCAGCGAGUUUCCUAGGCCCAGUCGUUGCGCCCAUUGUUGGUGGAUUCUUGACUGAAUACGCAUCUUGGAGAUGGAACUUCUGGCUAGUGUCCAUUCUGAGCGGCCUCGUGUAUAUCAUCAUGGUUGUGUUUCUCCCUGAAACUUAUGCGCCAAGGCUGCUGCAAACGAAAGCACGAAAACAUGGCAUUCAAGAGUCACACCAGGAAUUAAUCGUCAUGCUCUGGACCAACAUCACUAGACCAACCGUCAUGUUUCUAACUGAGCCUAUUUUGUUCCUGUUAUCGCUUUACAUGGCUUUUAUUUACGGCAUAUUGUACCUUGACUUCACCGCGUACCCAUUUGUCUUUCAGCAAACUAGGCAUUGGAACACGGGUAUCUCGGGUCUCAGCUUUUUAGGUAUUGGAGCUGGAAUGGCUAUUGCCACAGCAGCAUCACCAUACAUCAACCGCGUUUAUGCGAUUUAUGUCAAAAAGCUAGGCGGGCCUAGACCCGAAGCUCGGCUGCCGCAUUUGAUCUUGCUGUCAUGGCUGGUCCCGCUAGGACUAUUCUGGUUUGCGUGGACAGCUGACCCGUCCAUCCACUGGGCGAGCUGUAUCAUCUCAGGUAUUCCUUUCGGUAUAGGCUUUGUGGUUCUGUCAUUGGGUAUAACAUCGUACCUCAUUGACUGCUACGGAAAGUACGCUGCCAGUGCACUCGCCGCCAAUGCGAUUCUCAGGUCUCUGUUCGGAGCAGGGUUUCCCCUCUUUUCCCAUCAAAUGUUCAACAAACUGGGUGCUGCCUGGGCGACCUCUGUCUUGGGCUUUAUUUCAGUGGCUCUGGCACCUUUGCCUUUUGUCUUUUACCGCUUUGGCCCACGCAUUCGCGCGCACUCCACGUUUCAUCAAAGAGCUAUAGAGGAAGAGUCCGAGGUAGCGGCUCCUUUGGACCAAUCGAACAAGAGAGGGUAG